AUGGUUGCCAAGUAUAUAGUUCGAGGAGGAGGAGGAGGAGUCGUAAAGGCAGUGGAGGCUUGCCGUCACCAGCAAGGCAUGGUUUGGCCUCGUGCCGGAGUAACAGAACAAUGGGAUGUGGUCGCACUGCUCAUCAUUGUUCCUGUGCUGCACGUGCUUCACAAGGAGGAGUGUAUUGACAUAAUAGGCGAAGAAGCUUGGAAAUUUGUGAGAUAGAAGUACUAUAGUAUGUGUAUGGAUUAAUGAUGGCGAGGGGUGCGAAUUGAGGAACAUUAAUGGG